AUGAAGAGCAGGGCAAUUUCCAACCAGAAGGGCUCUAGAAGGCUUCAUGAGGGAGGUGACGCAUCAUCCAGGCCUCGAAAAAAUGGGGGAAAGGGUUAUUGCAAGAAAGAUGCAUAUGACAAAAGACUUCAGGGCGAGCAUUGCCGAAAGAAAGAAAGAAAGAAAGAUCCACAGAAAGAAAGAAAGAAAGAAAGAAAGAAAGAAAGAAAGAAAGAAAGAAAGACUGGAAGAAAGAAAGAAAGAAAGAAAGAAAGAAAGAAAGAAAGAAAGAAAGAAAGACUAAAGAAAGAAAGAAAGAAAGAAAGAAAGAAAGAAAGAAAGAAAGAAGCCGAGAAAGAAAGAAAGAAAGAAAGAAAGAAAGAAAGAAAGAAAGAAAGAAAGAUGAAAGAAAGAAAGAAAGAAAGAAAGAAAGAAAGAAAGAAAGAAAGAAAGAUUGCUAGAAAGAAAGAAAGAAAGAAAGAAAGAAAGAAAGAAAGAAAGAAAGAAAGAUCGAAAGAACAUAGAAGAGGGUCCCAGAUACCCAAAGCCUCCUGGCCUCUCCGUCGUCACCUGGAAUGGGCUGCAAAGCCUUGGCACAGGCAGCUGGGUCGUGUCCCCUCCCGCCGCGCGCCCCAGGCCGCCCGGACGGCACCUCCUUACCUUGCGGGAGUACGGGGGCUUGCUCAGGUGGAUGCCGUCACGGACGAGCUUAUCCCUGAUCAUGAUCUUCAGCUUCAGUUUGGGGUAGCUCACCAGCUCCCUGCUGCGGGGGGCGAUCGUGUGGCCGCGAGAGUCCCCGCGGGUGCCCUGGGCCGGGCCGCCGUACGGCUCCCCCCGGCGGCCGGUGGGGACGGUGUCGGCGGGCUGCCCGGGGGGCGCCGGCUGCGGCUCGAGCGUGAAGUAGAGGCCGGCGGCGUUCGCGUCCUGCUCCCGCAGCCGGCGCACGGCCUCCAGGAUACGGCGGCGGUGCGCGGGCGCCAGCACCCCGAUGGCAUCCAGGUCCGGGUCCCCAAUCUGCUUGCACACCUCCAGGUCAUCGUAGCCGUUAUCCACGAAGGACUCCGCGUACUGCGGAAGCUUCAGCGCUUUCAGCCACUCGUAAACUAUAUUGGUGCACAUGGUGGGACCGGGAACCCAGCCGCCGAGCACCUUCCCUGCGCCCAAAUGGCACGGGCGUCACCAGUUCUUGGAACUUUUAAUCCUCUCCUCCAAGGGGAAAAAGCCCGUGGAAGUCUCUGCGCUCACUUCUUCCCGACCCUGCCGGACUCCAGCUUGCGCGCCCGCUGGCAGCCCAAGGGCAGUCCCGCCGCCCCACGGCGCUGGAGACGCUGCGGGGUUCAGUGUCCCUUCCUUCCGGAACCGCGUUUGAAUCCCCCUUCCUCGGAUCCCUUACGCAGCCCAGAGCCCGGCGAUCUGGCUUCUUCCGUGGGCGGCCACUCUGUGACCCGAGCGGCGGCGCUUUGGCCCGAGGGUGGGCGCGACUUAGGGACGGCCAGCGUCCAGCCGGCGUGAGCGCAGCCCCUCCUCGCUGCAGCUGGGCACGUUGGGCGGCAGGAGAGGGUGCUGUGCUGCCUGGCUCUCCCUUUCUAAGCUCCCGGGUCUGCGAAAGUUUGGGGUGGGUUGUACUUUCUCUAGGUCGGUCUGUCCCACCCGGUACCCCACCCUACUUUCUGCCCGGCCCCUCACCCUUGUCGGCGCUAUGCUUUCUCUCCGGGCCCCCCACCUUGUAUAUUGCACGGGCUCCCUGGGUGGUUUUGCUCCCAGGGACCCUGCCAUGCGUUCAGUCCUGGAGUCCGUGAAUCCGAGCCUGUGCUCUCGCUCCCGCCCGUGGAUUGCGUGAAAAUCAAUAGAGCACCACCCAGCUCGUGUUGGAAGGGACGCUCAGACAUCUCCGCCCACGGCAUUUUCCCUCUAGGAGAAGGGCGAUUCAGCUUCGCACCUGAGCUGUUUAAGGACUGGAUCUGACCCUUUUCCUGAAGAUUGCCGGUGGGGCGUGCCAGUCUCUCGCCCGACCUUGGGAAGUGGACAAGGAGUGAUUUCAGAGUCGUUUCCCGACCUGCUGUGUGUUUGGCCUUUGGGUGGGAGGUAGGGUGGGCCCUCUUACCCUAAACCAAGAGAGCUUAACCCCCUCUUGGGACACGAACCCUUUAAACAAUCAGAUGACAACUUCUGUCCUUUUGCCCAGGAAAAUACCCGACCUAGGCGCACCCAAAACGUUCCCUACAGUUGCAGGGGGGUUCUGGUUUCCCAAACCCCGGGACUCACGAAUCUCAAGAACAGCUGGCAGAAAGGACUGUCUGCUUGGGGGAAGGGAAGAGACCAACGCGGAGAGCCGUGGAGCUGCUUGUGGCCCCAGCCUUGGGUCACCCAGGACGCCCUUUCCGGGGCCGAGUUAAGGUCGCGGACCCUGAAGAAGAAAUUGAGACCUCAAACCUAAUUCGCCCACGAUCUCACUGUUCCCGAUGGAGCAAGGGGUUCGAAUUGUGGGGGGAUAAAUUUAGUAUUAGCCUUCAGCCGUCCAACUACUCACCUUCGAAUCACAGUCCCCCGCCUGUGCUGUGCUGUGCAACAUGUGAGGGUAAAAAAUGCGCAGGUUGUAAGAGAGUCUCUCUUUGUCGCCCAGGCUGGAGUGCAGUGGCGUGA